AACGUCUGUUUAAUACUGCCAAAAUACCUCAAAAUUAUACUAGUUUUCUGAUAAAUACGUUUAUUUUUUGAUUUUUAUGUUCAAUGAAGAUGAGAAGGAAGAAGAAAAGAAAAUUGCAGCCUUGAAAAAGGUUUUUCACAAAUUUAGAAUGGGAAAUGGGAUGAGCAAGAUUCUGCCGGGACUAUAUCUGGGAAAUCUGCGAGAUAGUAAAGAUUAUGAUCAACUGAAGAAGAAUAAAGUUUCGUAUGUGCUUUCUAUCCACGAUAAUGCAACCCCUAUUUACCCGAAGCAAUUGACGUAUCUAUGCAUUCAAAUUGGGGAUAAUCCGAGCAGUCAAAUCCAAAACCAUUUCCGGGAGGCUGUUGACUUUAUUCACAGAGCCCGCGUCAAUCAAUGUGGAGUCCUAGUUCACUGCAUGUGUGGCAUUUCACGCAGCACCACGUUAGUAGUUGCGUACUUAAUGACAGUCGCAGACAUAUCAUGGCAAGAUGCCCUCAGGUGUAUCAAAUACAACAGGUCCACCGCCAAUCCCAACCUCGGUUUCCAAUCACAACUCCAGAAGUACCAGGAAACCAUCUUAGAGCAGGAACGAAAGAGGGUCCAGACUCUUUUUCCGACAUACGACCCUUUGAAAGAUCAACUUCUUCUAAAUCGCAGUCUGAAAGCAUACGAGAAGUACUGCAAAAGUAUGGAUGAAAAUAUUUUCCCCGUACCUCCAGCGGGUAAAAGGCGGUACUCAUGGGCCGUUGAGAAAGAGUUAUCAACAAAGUCACCUUCCCAGCAUACAAAACAAGUGCCUGGUUAUGGGGAGCCUUGUCUAGAAUCAACUGUUCCUGAAUUACCGUCGGCGUCAAGUACUUCAAAACCCGAGCGUAGAUAUAGUUCAGCAUUAAGUUUUCCCGCAAAUGUACCAAAAUUUACCAUAAAAAAUGAAGGUCGCGAAUCGAAUGUGUCAUUAGCCGGUCAAAUUGAUCGGAGUUCUGACCAAUCACGUCUCAUUUCUACAACACCAAAUAACCCGUCGUGCGAUGAAAAGAAGCAAAAAGGAAGCGAAACGGAUGACAAUCGAAGUAUUCGCUCAACGAGCCAUAGCGACAAUGUUUUGUCACAAUUUCACCGCCUAUCUGUAAAACAACCUCAGUUCGAUACCUUAUCAGUGCACUCCGAUAUUUUGCCUCUGACAUCAAGUGCUUCUGGUUCAUCUUCAAUUAUGAGUCAGAAUCGAAGAAAAGAAUCGCCUGAACGCAGGAACAGAAAGAAAAGCUCGCCUGUAAAGUUUGAGGUAGGCAGCUCGCCUAGUUUACAACGAAGUGCAGGUGUUUAUCGUUCCUUUAACGAAAAUCAAUACCAGCGAUCUUUGCAACGAAUAGACUCGGGCGAAUAUUAUGAUGAUUCGGAUUUCAACAGUAGCGAAGAGAAAAGUUAUCAUCGACGGAGAGCCGAAACAACAAUUUGCUAUCGUAAAUCGAAGUCACAUGGCGAGCCUUGUGAGGACUAUCUUGAAGUGCAAUAUCAUGAAUCUCGGUGGAUUCCGAGUAGCGUUGACGACGAAGAUUACGAUGCUGAAACGGAUGAGCCGAGCUUUCACCACCCUAGAUCCAGAGUAACCCGGUCCAGAAAAUACUCUGACCUUUGCCCAGAACGAACUUACCCGAACAGUACGCCGAGUUCACCUAGGCUAAGAGCCGAAAGUUCACUUGGUCGUCAAAUCCGAAACCGCAAUUCAUCUGCAAAUCAGUUCACACGUCAGUAUGAUUCGAGUUCAUAUGCACAUGCAUGUCCUGUUGGGGAACCGAAAUUAGCACGUGCAAUGUAUUCGAGACGAGAACACGACUUGUGCACGACGAGUCGGCACCCACGAGACGCGAACAAAGACGAACUUGGAAGGGACAGUAAAUCCAGAAGGUCCACCCAAUCGUUGUCCAGUUCAAGACAGUCGAUAAAUUAUCAGUUUUAAAGCACUUGUAAACUAUCACUUUCAAAAUCACUGACAGUAUAGUUUUUCCACCUGA